UUGCACACUGCAGGCACGGUCACACUUUUAAGCGAGUGAGCGAGCCAGCAAUAAGCGAACGAUUUUUGCGCAAAAACGGAGUUUAUCAAUAAAUCGUUGCGAGCGAUUGCAUUGGCCGUAGGAACGCGAUCAUCGUCGUGCAGAACCAACAAAUCCGCGUCUUUUACCGCCCAAAAUUCGCGUUUCCGUGCUGCGAAAAGAAAAAAGAACGUAAGCAACGAUAACAACAGGCAGUGAGCGAUAGAGAGAGAGUGAGAGAGAGCAGUGCGGAGUGUUGUGUGUGUGCGUGCUGCCAACUUGUCGCACCAAUUCGCUGCUGUUGUGUGUGUGUGUUCAGUGUGGUUCUCCCAAAUAAAAUUCAAACCUUUGCGCGACGCUAUACCAAUCAUAUCUGGAGUUUUAGGGCUACAACACCGAUUUCCUAUAUUGCAAUAUAUAUUUUUUCCUGGUGAUAGCGACUUUUCAACAAGUUGCCAGCGCAGCGUGCAACGCGCGCACACACGCACACACACACACGCGUUAAACACACGCAAGAGAGAGCGAGAGCGAGCAACAACAACAUCAAAAGCCUCUCAGCAGCAACGUUUUUAGUGAUGUCAUCAGAAAAAACGUCUUCAAGCUGGCCAAAUUGAAGCGGAAACGGUAGCCAAACUGAAGCACUUGUCGGAGAGCGUCUCGGUGCUGCUGAAGAUCGCCAGGAUCACCAACAUGGACAACAGCAUCGUCGAGGAGAACGGUAACUCGUCGGCGGCAUCGGGCUCCAAUGACGUGGUCGACGUCGUUGUCCAACAGGCGUCAGCGGGGGGAGGAGGAGGCGGUAACCCCCAGCAGCAGCAGCAACAAAACCCACAGAGUACAACGGCCGGCGGUCCAACGGGGGCGACGAACAACUCCCAGGGAGGAGGGACGGCCACCGUGCUGACCACCACCGCCAACUGCAACCUUCAAUACCCCAUCCAGGCGCUGGCGCAGCACGGACUGCAGGUGCAAUCCGUGAUACAGGCCAAUCCCUCGGGGGUCAUACAGACAGCAGCUGGAACCCAGCAGCAGCAACAGCAACAGGCGCUGGCCGCCGCCACAGCGAUGCACAAGGUCGUCUACGUGGCCAAGCCGCCCAACUCGACGGUUAUCCACACGACCCCCGGCAAUGCAGUGCAAGUGCGUAACAAAAUCCCUCCAACAUUUCCGUGUAAGAUCAAACCCGAACCGACCACGCAGCAUCCGGAGGACAGCGACGAGAGUCUGUCGGACGACGAUUCCCAGCACCACCGCAGCGAGCUGACGCGACGGCCGUCGUACAAUAAAAUCUUCACCGAGAUCAGUGGACCCGACAUAAGCGGCGCAUCGCUUCCCAUGUCCGACAGCGUACUCAAUACACAACUGGCGGGGAGCGGAGCGGGGGGCAAUGCGGCGAACAGCUCCCUGAUGCAGUUGGAUCCAACGUACUACCUGUCCAAUCGGAUGCCCUACAACACCAACAAUAGCGGGAUAGCGGAGGAUCAGACCCGAAAACGCGAGAUCCGACUGCAGAAGAACAGGGAGGCGGCGCGGGAGUGCCGACGCAAGAAAAAGGAGUACAUUAAGUGCCUGGAGAAUCGAGUGGCGGUGCUAGAGAACCAAAACAAAGCGCUAAUCGAGGAGCUCAAGUCGCUCAAGGAGCUCUAUUGUCAAACCAAGAACGAUUGAAUGUGGGCGUGGCUCUGGCGCCGCCUGCGCCUCCGCCUCCAGUUCUGGACAACGCCCGACAGCAGCGAUGGAUCGAUCCUCCCCGUUGGCCGGCCGCAUAUCAUGAUUUAUAUACGUAUAGGAUGCUAUAUGUGGUAGCGUGUACAUUAACUGUAUGAACUGUAUGCUGUAUAUUGUAUGCCGUAUAUUGUAUACUGUAUACUCUAUACUAUAUACUGUAUUCUGUAUUCUGUAUACUGUAUGAGAGGGAUCGUGUUGUUGCUAGGACACAGACGGACGGACAGAAAAACCUGCCGGACGGCCGAGCAGAACACACAAUGUAAUUAUGUUUAUAAUUUAAAGAUGUAAUAUUAUGUUUAUGAUUUAGUUUAUGCCUUAGUUUAUUUGCUAAUUUAACGAUACUGAAGUUUACCUACAAGAAUGUGUUUCUGUAUCCUAAGCCUUUUACCUUUUAAAACGUUUACCCUUCGGAUUCUAUUCAUCCCGCUCCCACUUUUGUAAUUAAACUUUUUGUUUUACCUAAUUCGUAAUUAUUGCAGGACGUGCGUGUCUAGCGAAAGUGUUUUUUCUUAGCGAAUUGUUGUAAGCCAAUAUGUCAGGAUAUAGUCAACCAACCCAACCCCCCAACGGAUAUGCAGAUAGGAAAGAUACAUAGGUAGAAUAGAGCGAAGGCGGGCCUAGGAAAGGGUUUUCUGAGCCUCCCAAUUAAAAUUGUUCAAAAUCGCAAGUUUCACUUGAUUUAUAUGUAUGUAUGUACGUGUGUGCCGCCCAAUUGUGACUGUAAACUAGGUUUUAAUCGCACUAUCUGUAUGGGAUUUGAGCAUGGAAUUAAGUUAUUCAGACACUUUGUUACAUAAUUUUAAACGAAUCGGAAGCCCCCCUCUCUGCUGUCCCCGAACAUAUGUACGGUUUAUCUGUAAUUCUAUACUAUAUAUGUAUACUAUAUGGGUAGUUAGCGAACACAUUUUGUAUAUUGUCGAUCUUGUUUGGGAUCGGAGAGAGAUAUAGGGGGAGUCCUGCCCUGGGCAAAGCAUCGAAAAUGAGGGCUUUUGGCCGGAACACACGUAUAAGUACAUAUAUAUGCAUUAUAUAUAUAUAAAGCAAACACUCUCGUUAUCUCUUGUGAUCAACUCAGUUGUUGUUAUGAAUGGUAGAAAACAGGCGAAGGGCGGACAAAUACGAUAAAUUAAUGAUGAAUUCGGGAGACAGAGAACGAACUUUUUUAUCUAGCGUAGCGCAACGGAAACAAUGUCAAAAUGAAAAACCGGAAACGGAAAUAAAACCAUAAGAAAACAUGUA